AUGUUCAUCCGAAGCCGAUCGAUGAUGGAGACUCUUGACUUUGUGGCGGUGGCUUCAUCUUUGUAUGCCCUCUCUUUCCAACAUGUAUUGUCUCGCCAUGCAGCGCGCGGGUGGGAGCAGGGCCUGUGCGCCAUGAGCCACACUCCUAUAGGCGGCCACCCGCAAGGUUGGGAGCACAAGCUUGCAGACAGGUCGUCGCUGCCGCCUGCGUCAGGGGAGGAGAAAAGCAAAUCUCAGUCCAGACAUGUGUUCACACAACCACAUAUUUCUAAAACGGGUAUGGCGUCGUGGCGCGAGGAGACGGAGGGCUCGUCGGGCAGCUCCGUGCGCUCGCCCGCCUCGCCGCCCUACAUCCGGUGGGCGCGCACCUUGCACCAUCUGCUUGAGGACGCAGAGGGCGUACGCCUGUUCCGCAAGUUCGUGGGCGGCGCGGGCGGCCUGCACGUGGACCGCCUCAACUUCUACUUCGCGGUGCAGGGCCUUCGCCAGGAGACCGAGCCUAACAAGAUACGGCAGGUCGUCUCCGCGAUAUACAAGUUUUUGCGCAAGUCUCAGCUAGCGAUGCCGGAGGAGCUGAAGCAGCGCGUGAAGCAGAGCCUCAAGGACGGCACCAACAUCGAGAAGACCAUCUUCGACAAUAUGGAACAAGAGGUGACCCGAGCGAUAACAGAGUCCACGUACCAGGCGUUCCUGCGCUCGGAGGCGUACGUGUCGUACGUGAGCGCGGCCACGCAGCCGCUGUCCUCGCCCGACGCGUCGCCGCCGCACUCGAAAGAGAUGUGCGUGGGCGGGCUGGCCACGCUGCACGAGGGGCAGGAGCUGAGCGCGAGCGUGGGCGCGCGCCUCACGCACGACGCGCUGCUCGCCACGCAGUCGCGCCGCCUGCACUGCGACGCCGCGCCGCACCGCAAGCGCUCGGUGUACAGCGCGCACGUGUCGUACGCGGGCUACACGCCGGCCUCGCGCCAGGACUCGGAGCGCGCCAGCCUCAGCAGCGGCCGCACCGACAGCGACGCCGUCUCGCUGUCCGGCAGCAGUCUCGACGGUAUGUCGGUGCGCGUAGCGCGCGAGAGCCGCGAGGCGCGCCACCGCCCGCGUCUGUACGGCCUGGACCGGCACGCCGUCAUCAACAAGGACACCGACACUGCCAUGAUGAUCCCGCGCACGCAGCGCGUGCAGUCGGAGCAGCUGCGCGUGCUGCCGCCGGCGGAGUUCGCGCCGCUGCUCAUUGAGAAGCUGGAGCGCGUCAAGCGCGACCAGGAGAACAAGGAGCGCCUGGAGCGGAGGCUCGCUGAGGGUGAAGGUGACGACAUGUGCGCGCAGGCACUGCCGCCGCAGCUGGUGGCCGCCGCUAUUCGCGAGAAGCUGCAGCUCGACGACGACAACGACCAGGAUAUACUCGACCAGCACGUGUCGCGCGUGUGGUCGGAGCGCACGCCGGGCGCGUCGCCGCCGGGCGGACGCCGCGCGCGCGGCCGCCACGCGCGCCGCGCCGCCUCCGCGCUGUCCGCCGACUCCGGCCACUACGACGCGCCGCCCGACGCGCACCACCACCCCCACUCGCUCUCUAGGAGGUCGUUCUCUAAGAAGACUGUGACGGAGCUGACGGACAGCGGCGUGUCGGUGGUGAGCUCGGGCGCGUCGGCGGCGGGCGUGGAGCCGCGCAUCCUGCUGUGGAUCGCGGAGGGCUCGGAGCGCGCGCGCGGCCGCGACCUGCCCUCGCGCGGCUCCUCCGCCGACCGCGACGACCUGCGGCGGCGCGACAAGCAGGCGCGCGCACGCGGCACGAGCGGCACGGGCGGCAGCACGGGCAGCAAGUCGAGCGCGGGCAGCGGCGGCGACCACACCGUGGUGGUGGUGAGCUUCCUGGACGAGAGCAUGCCCUACCUGUACAAGGUGCCGGCCGCGCCGCUCACGCUGCGCACCUUCAAGGACUACCUGCCCAGGAAGGGCAACUAUAGAUACUUCUUUAAAACGGAAUGUGCGGAUUUAGACAACACGGUAAUUCAAGAGGAAGUGAGCAACGACUCCGACACACUGCCAUUGUUCGAGGGCAAGGUGAUGGCGCGUGUCAAGAGCAUAGAG